GCUUAGACAAAAUAUUUCCACGUUUUGUGUGGAGAAAACACGGUGCAUUGAAGUUGAAGUCGAAAAGGGCGCCUGCUGGCAUUGCCUAGAUCUGAGCAGCUGCCACAAUGCGCAGUGUACGAUCCUGGCUGCGGCUGGCCGCCCUGAGGCGGGUGCCACCCCUGCGACCAGUGACCAUAGCUGCAGUGGGCCCAAGCCGCCACAAAUCGGACGACAUCUCGCGACUGUUUGUGCCAGUGCCUAUCCAGCCAUCCCAGUCAGAUGAUAUCAACUCUGUGGGCUCAGAGCUAGCUGGCAAACUGGUCAAGCCAGCUGUGCUGAGGAUACUCAACAAGUUUUAUCAGAGGCCAAAGAUCCGCCGUAUCAGCCUCGAGAAUGGCCUUGACACAUACCUGUUUCACCAGGCGUACGUCAGUUUCCGACGGUACUGCGUAGAGACCGCUCAUCUGCCGCCCGAUCUGCACAUCAUAUUCAGCGACAUUCUGCGUGAUGCCGGUCACACGGAUGAUCUGAUUCCGUACUUUUUGCGGCACGCGCGCACGAUCUUCCCCCAUCUGGAGUGUAUGGACGACCUGAAGAAGAUCAGCGAUCUCCGGGAGCCAGCCAACUGGUACCCGGAGGCGCGCGCUAUCAACCGUCGUAUCGUGUUCCACAUGGGCCCCACCAACAGCGGCAAGACGUUCCACGCGCUGCAGCGGUUCAUGGCGGCCAGAUCGGGCGUCUACUGCGGCCCGCUCAAGCUGCUGGCCGCCGAGGUGUUCGAGAAGUGUAACGGUCAGGGCACCAGCUGUGACCUGGUGACGGGGGAGGAGCGGCGGCUCGGACGGCCCGACGGACUGGCCUCCGAACACGUCGCGUGCACAGUCGAAAUGACCUCCGUCAAAACACCCUACGAGGUGGCCGUGAUUGACGAGAUCCAGCUGCUGCGCGACCCGCAGCGCGGCUGGGCCUGGACGCGCGCCCUUCUCGGAGUCGCCGCCGAGGAGGUGCACCUGUGCGGAGAGCCGGCCGCCCUCGAGCUGAUCCAGGAGAUGGCGCUCUGCUGCGGCGAGGAGGUGGAGGUGCGACGGUACAAGAGGCUCUCGCCGCUGGUCUGUGAGGAUACCGCCCUGGAGAGCACCCAGAACGUCCGGCCCGGCGACUGUAUCGUCUGCUUCAGCAAAAACGACAUCUACCAGGUGUCCAGGGAGAUUGAGCGUCUGGGCCACGAGUGCGCCGUUAUCUACGGCGGCCUGCCGCCCGGAGCCAAACUGGCGCAGGCGCGCCGCUUCAACGAUCCGGACGACCCGUGCAAAAUUCUGGUGGCCACGGACGCCAUCGGAAUGGGGCUCAACCUGAGCAUCCGCCGUAUCAUCUUCCACUCGCUGAUGAAGCCGACCAUUAACGAGAAGGGCGAGAAGGAAAUAGACGUCAUCAGCUGCUCUCAGGCGCGUCAGAUCGCCGGCAGGGCCGGCCGGCAUGGCACACAGUGGGAGGAGGGCACGGUGACGACGAUGAAGUCUCACGACCUGCCGACGCUGCAGCGUCUGUUGGAGGAGGAGCCGCCGCCACUGGAAGCCGCCGGCCUGCAGCCCACCGCCGAUCAGAUCGAGCUGUACGCCUACCACCUGCCCAACGCCACCCUGUCCAACCUGAUGGAUAUUUUCGUGAACCUGUCAACGGUGGACGACUCUCUGUACUUUAUGUGUCAGACGGACAGCUUUAAAUUCCUGGCCGAUAUGAUCCAGCACGUGCCGCUGCCGCUGCGCGUCCGAUACGUGUUCUGCUGCUCGCCCAUCGACAGGAAGAUACCCUUCAUCUGCAACAUGUUCCUCAAGUUUGCGCGCCAGUACAGCCGCAAUGAGCCGAUCACGGUGGACUGGCUGUGCUCGCACGUGGGCUGGCCGUUCACCACGCCGGCCACCAUCCUGGACCUGGUGCACCUGGAACAUGUGUUCGACGUGCUAGACCUCUACCUCUGGCUCAGUUACCGGUUCAUGGACCUGUUCCCCGCGGCCGACGAGGUGCGUGAGAUGCAGGCAGAGCUGGACGCCACAAUCCAGGAGGGCGUGGCCAACAUUGUGCAGCUGCUGAAGAACACGGAGGCGGGAGGCGCGUCCUCCUCGGCGGCGGCACGGGUGGACGACGAGGACCGCUACACGGCCAGCCGGCGGCAGCAGGCCUACCUGCAGAAUAACGACGACUCGGACGAGUCGGCUCGGCUGGGAAAGCUGUCGAAGCGCCUGCUGUCCCAGGGCCUGCUGACCCAUAAGAUGAUGGAGGAGCUGCACCAGGAGUGGGAGAAGAACCGACAGAAGUCGUCGCCGUCCACGGGCGGGCGAGGUGAGGGCAAGUCGAGGAAGCGCCGGUGACACUCGCCCACCUUCCGUCGGUGAGAAUUUGUAAUCGUCCCAGCCCGCGUCUUGUCCGGGCUGUGUAACGGCCGCUAGUCCUCCCCCCCCCCCUCCCAGACCGCACCGUGUGCCGGUCCGGCUCUGACCCCGCUACUGCCACGGAUCGGUGGGUCAGCGGCCCGAACGGGACCCUUGUGAUGGCAGACUCACGACGGCGGUAUGACGGAUACCGAUGGUGUGGUUGUUAGGCCCCCAGUCGCGGGGUUCGAGCGGAGAGGCUCGUCGUACGGUGGGCUGUUUUUGCCAGUGACUUGUUAUCGGCGCCGAGGGUGCGCGCUACAGUGGUAGGGUAGGAGGAAAGUGAGAUAGUGAUACUGCCAGUGAUCUAACCGUGUCAGACAAUAUACGGCGAGGACCGAA